UUUGCAUCAAUGCCCACAAUGACCUCGACACCACGGGAUAUAAACAGUCACCCUGUUUAGAUUUGGUGUUAGCCUGUAUUUCAGUGAUCCGAGACACAUCGCCGUUUAUACCAUGGAUGAAUUACCGGGAAGUCCCUCUCGUUACUGCCUCGCGCACAGUUAUUACGUCAGCGGGAGAUAUGGCUGUCAGCUGUAAGCAUAAAUAACCAAACAACACGACUCCUUCCGUCGGGUAAAACGUGGGACGGUCACGCAACACUUCAUCCACAUCUACAUAAAAUGGGCAAUUUCUGCUCAGACCCAGUGAACUGUCCAUGGCCCGUGUUCUUUCCCUGUUUCGGCCUCAGCCUUUCUUAACCCUCGUGGGCAGGAGGAAACCUACGUUGUGCAAAAUGUCAAUGGACUCAAGGGCACGCAUGGUGUUUGCAGCUGCAGUGGAGGCUGUGCAGCCCGAUACGGUGGUCCGGCAGAGUAUAAAGCGCAAGGACGACUCUGUUACUAUCAAUGAUCACAAAUUCACACUCAAUCACAACCUGCACCUGGUGGGUUUUGGAAAAGCAGUACUGGGUAUGGCUGCUGAGGCAGAGAGGAUUUUGGGUGAUCAUUUAGUGAAUGGAAUAAUAAGCGUACCACAUGGGAUUCAGAAGACAUUAAAGCAGCAUGGAAAAGAACAUCUCUUAUUAAAAGAAAACAGUCGCAUCACAGUCAUGGAGGGAGCUAAACACAACCUGCCUGACGCUGAUGCCCAGAGGGCAGCUGAGAGGAUCAAGCAGUUAGCCAGUGACCUGACGGAGAAAGACCUGCUUCUUGUGCUGAUUUCAGGUGGAGGCUCUGCACUAUUACCUGCACCCAUCCCACCAAUCACACUGCAAGAGAAACAGGAUGUUACCCGCAAACUUGCAGGUGCUGGCGCCACUAUUCAAGAACUUAACACUGUCCGACGUGCCCUGUCUCUCUUAAAGGGCGGAGGGCUCGCGCACUGUGCUCACCCUGCUCAGGUGGUCUCACUGAUAUUGUCCGAUGUAAUUGGGGACCCUGUGGACCUGAUAGCCAGCGGCCCCACAGUGUGCAGUGAGACGUGGCCUGAAGAAGUAAUGUCCGUCCUUGAGCGUUUCAAACUGUUGAACUCUCUGCCGGCCUCAGUGAAGGACGUCCUCGGGAGACCAAGUCCCCGGUGGAGGGAGAAUAAAGAUAAAUCCAACACACCAGAAAAUGUCCUCAAUGCUGUGAUUGGCUCCAACAGCGUUGCCCUCAUGUGUGCAGGUCGCCGUGUCCGAGAGUUAGGCUUCCGCCCCGUUGUGCUUGCACCAGGAGUGUGUGGCGAUGUGAAGUCAGUCUCCAGACUGUAUGGCCUCCUGGCCCGCUUUGCCUGUUCUCGAGAGGAACCUCCUCCAGAGAUUGCCGCAGAGGUGCUGAAGCUGGGGCCUGAAGUGGGCGUGGAGAGCUGGGACCUCUGCCGCACCAUGCAGGUCUUGGGUGAAGGGCGCACAGAAGGAUGGGGCGCCACGUGUCUGUUAGCUGGAGGGGAGCCCACUGUGGAGCUGACAGGCAUGGGCCGAGGUGGUCGAAACCAGGAGCUGGCCAUGCGAGUGGGACUGGAGCUGAGAGGCCUGAAUCUCCCACCUAAUGGUCCUGUCUUCCUGAGCGGUGGAACUGAUGGUCAGGACGGACCCACUGACGCCGCAGGGGCCGUCACUGAUGCGGGGUUAUGUGAAGAAGCACAUGCACAGGGGCUGGACAUCGACACAUUCCUCACCAACAACGAUUCUUACACUUUUUUUACACGUCUCUCUGCCGGGCAGCGCUUACUCGUACCUGGCCUAACCUGCACCAAUGUGAUGGAUGUGCACAUGCUACUAAUUCCACCGAUUCCCAUUAACAUAAGAUAAUCCACGGCACGAGAUAAAGAGAUCCAAGUCCAGCGGAUCUGGAUAAAUAAACACUCUAUAUAAGUUUGA